AUAAACGCCAGGAACCAUGUUGGUCCCCGCGUUCUAGACGCUUCUCUCUCUAUCUCUCUCACAGAAAAACAAAAGAAAAAAAAUCUACACAGAAAACUCUCACCGCCGAUUUAUAUAAGAUUUGGUUUCCGGUUGAGCACACCGCCAAACCGAGCACCGAUCGAAACAAAACCUUUACUCACGGCGCACUCUAGCAUCCAUUUCUGCAUUUUUCUCGUGGCGCCUUUACGUAACUCCAACUCUUUCGCCACUGGCGCAUUUUAGCCACCUCUAUAUACAAUCUCUGCAUUUUUACCAAUUUCAGGAUUUCAAACUUUCUGCCAACGCCAGAGUUGAUUUGAGUUCCUAAACUGCUGUUGAUAUGCGAGGGCGUGAGGGAGAUAUAUACUCGAUGUACAAACGUGCAUUUAGUAAGGAUCAUCCACAACCUCACGAGAGGGAGGAGCAUCCUCAUUCUUACGAGAGGGAGGAACAUCCCUAUCCUCACGAUAAGGAAGAAGCAGGCCUCUUACAAAAUGGGUUUUAUAAAGAAGAACUUGGGAAUCCCUCCUGGAAGCGCCCCUUGCCACACAUUCUGGUGGCUACUCUUUCUUCAUUCUUAUUUGGCUACCACCUUGGGGUGGUUAAUGAGACUCUAGAAACUAUUUCUUUGGAUCUUGGCUUUGGUGGUAGUACUAUGGCUGAAGGUCUGGUGGUGAGUACAUGUUUAGCAGGUGCAUUUGUUGGCUCCAUAUUUAGUGGUUGGAUAGCAGAUGGGGUUGGUCGGCGCAGAGCAUUUCAACUGUCUGCUCUACCAAUGAUCAUUGGUGCUUCUAUGAGUGCCACAACAAGUACUAUUGGAAGUAUGCUUCUAGGAAGAUUUUUUGUUGGUACAGGAAUGGGUCUCGGUCCUCCUGUUGCUGCUCUCUAUGUGGCAGAGGUUUCACCUGCUUUUGUAAGAGGCACUUAUGGGAGCUUCACUCAGAUUGCAACAUGCCUUGGUAUCAUGGGCUCUCUUUUCAUUGGUAUUCCAUCCAAGAAUGUUGUUGGCUGGUGGCGAAUUUGCUUUUGGGCAUCUACUGUACCUGCUGCACUACUUGCUAUUUUGAUGGAGUUUUGUGUUGAAAGCCCCCAUUGGCUUGUUAAGAGAGGAAGAACUGGAGCAGCUGAAGAAGAACUUGAGAAACUUGUUGGAGGAUCACAUGUUAAAUCUGCUAUGGCAGAAUUUUCCAAGACCGAAAAAGUGGAUGAGGGUGAUAAUGUUAAAAUGUCAGAUUUACUUCAUGGUCUUCACUUUAGAGUGGUAUUCAUCGGGUCUGCCUUAUUUGCUUUGCAACAACUAUCUGGUAUAAAUGCUGUCUUCUAUUUCUCUUCAACGGUGUUUAAAAGUGCUGGAGUACCUUCAGAUAUCGCAAACAUCUGCAUAGGGAUUGUAAAUUUGACAGGGUCCAUUAUUGCAAUGACUUUAAUGGAUAGACUAGGAAGGAAGGUGCUUCUUCUUUGGAGUUUCUUUGGCAUGGCAUGCUCAAUGUUUUCUCAAGUAUUGGCAGCAGUCUCAUUUAUUCCAGACUCGGCAAAAGUGUAUCUAUCUGUUGGUGGCAUCCUAAUGUGUGUCCUGACAUUUUCUUUUGGCGCUGGGCCAGUGCCUAGUCUUCUCCUGUCAGAGAUAUUCCCUGGGCGGAUUAGGGCAAAGGCAAUGGCUAUCUGCAUGGCUGUGCAUUGGGUCAUAAAUUUUUUUGUUGGUCUUUUGUUUCUCCGUAUGCUAGAACAACUUGGGCCGCAAGUUGUGUAUACAACAUUUGCCUCGUUUUGCUUGAUAGCAGUGGUCUUUGUGCGGAAGAAUGUGGUGGAAACGAAGGGAAAAACACUUCAAGAAAUCGAGUUUGCCCUCGUCCUGUCUCAUUAGUUUGGGGAUGGAUCUAUGCACAUCCCAGCUGUUUGUGAAUCGGUACACUGGACACAGGUACAGAACCCUCCGUUCUCAUAUGCACCAAUUACUCUCGCCAUUCAAUGCAGCAUCUGGACUCUAGAAUCUGCAAUGCUGUUCAAUGUGGAGGUCUGUGCAUGCAUACUCUACUAGUAUAGUAUAUAUACACAACACACGUAAAUGGGACGUGUGAUAUUAGUCACAGUGACAAUGUGAGGUUUAGGCAAAUAGCUUAGGAUGCCCAUAAUUAGUGUCCAUGAAUAAUAGUUUGGUGCGGGAUGCCCUUGGGUUGGGUUCCAGAUAGUAGUUGGAGUGAUGCAAGAAACACAAAUAAUUCCUCCAUUACCAUUACAUUUGUAGCACAAGUAUUCUUGAGACUUUAUUAUUAUUUUUUUGAAAUGUUGUUACUCGCGGGAAAUUUUGUAAUGGACUAUCUUUAUCAGUUUUUAUUUUUAAGUCUA